GUGGGCCUCAUAUUCCGAUGUUCAUGAAACAAGGCGAAGGGUCUACUUAAUUUCCCUUGUAAUAUACGUCAUUGCUGGAAUAAUAUGUGCUGUAUCGAAUAAUAUUUGGUUAUUGUUAGUUAUGCGCUUUUUUCAGGCUUGUGGUGGUUCUUCCGCCUUGAGUAUUGGUGCUGGAACUAUAAGUGAUAUAUUUAUAAAUACUGGUCCUGUUAUCGGUCCAACCAUGGGCGGUUAUAUAGCUCAAUACCUUGGUUGGAGAUUUAUUUUUUGGUUUCUGUCAUUAUAUGGUGGUGUCAUUUUAGUUCUUAUCUACUUUGUUCUUCCCGAAACCUUUCACCACGUUCCGGUGUCACUCUCCAUGGAUCCAUCUCUUAAAAAGCAUUUUAAUCCUUUUUCUCCACUUUUUUUACUUCGCUACCCAAACUUAUCUUUGACUCUAUGUUACAUAAGUACCGUUUUUUCUGUGAUAUAUAUCCAGAAUACCCUUAUUCCAAGAACUUUUUCUUCAAAAUUUAAUCUUUCCAUUUCCAACAUCGGUCUUGUGUUUCUUUCUCUUGGAUUUGGUUACACAUUGGGAAAUAUGGUCUCUGGAUAUUAUUCGGAUUUCUUAUUGUUGAAAAUUAGUGCGAAAUAUGGUGAUGUUUAUCCGGAAAUGAGAAUAAACUGUGUUUGGCUUGGUUCCGUGUUAGUUCCAGUUUCUCUUUUAGCCUACGGAUGGUCGAUU